CAAUUGCAAAGACGCGAAGAGCCUUACAGCUUUCAGGAUUUUUUUUUAUCAAAUUUAUCAAAUUAGACAUUUCAUGGAUACACGUGGUCAGAAUGUUCGGGAUUUCGUCGCGGUGUAUCGAAAUUUGACUGAGGACUUGAAGAAAUCACGAUUGACACAGAUGAAAUGGUUCUCCAAAUACGAACUGUUAUUGAAAGAAUACGAAAACUUACAACAAGAAUUGAUUAAAUUGCAUAAAGAGAAAAUUGUUAAAAUCAAGGAUGAUGUGGCUAUUGAAAAAGAAAGAACUUGCUUGCCAAUUCCAAUCACAACCAGCGGCGAAUACGGUUGGCUCGCAUCGAAACCGGAGUUUCGUCUGGAGAAGUACGGCUCGUGCAUUGUAAAUUAUCCUGCCCCUUUCAAAGACAUAACUUUCAUUCCGGGAAAUAUACCGAGACUCGCGGCAGGCAAAGGUCUCAUUUGAAAUCCGAAAAAAAAAUUUCAACUUUGUUAUUGAACUAGUCCCUAUAUCUCAUUUACAAAGUAGCUCAUUCGAAGGUACGUUCGUAUACGUAU